GGCUGGGCCAAGGAGAUGGGCGUUAGAAACACCACCCACCCAGCCUUCCAGCAGCACUGAAGUGGUUCUUCAGCAUUUUAUUCGCAUUUGUAUUCUCAAAAUGUCUCUCUCUAGGAAGCUAACUUUGGAUAAACUGGAUGUUGAAGGAAAACGAGUUGUUAUGAGAGUAGACUUCAAUGUUCCCAUGAAGGAGAACCAGAUUACAAACAACCAGAGAAUCAAGGCUUCCAUCCCAAGCAUCAAGUACUGCCUGGAUAAUAAAGCCAGGUCAGUUGUUCUUAUGAGUCAUCUAGGUCGACCUGACGGUGUUCCCAUGCCUGAUAAAUACUCCUUGGAGCCUGUUGCUGCUGAGCUCAAAUCCUUGCUGGGUAAGGAUGUUCUGUUCCUGAAGGACUGUGUGGGCCCAGAAGUAGAGAAAACCUGUGCCAACCCACCUGCUGGUUCAGUGAUCUUGCUGGAGAACCUCCGCUUUCAUGUAGAGGAAGAAGGGAAGGGCCAAGAUCCUUCUGGAAAUAAGAUUAAAGCUGAGCCAUAUAAAAUAGAAGCCUUCCGAGAGUCACUCUCCAAGCUAGGGGACGUCUAUGUCAACGAUGCAUUUGGCACUGCUCACCGGGCCCACAGCUCCAUGGUGGGAGUGAAUCUGCCUCAGAAGGCCUCUGGAUUCCUGAUGAAGAAGGAGCUGGAUUUCUUUGCCAAAGCCCUGGAAAACCCAGAGAGACCCUUUCUGGCUAUACUUGGUGGAGCUAAAGUGGCAGACAAGAUCCAACUCAUCAAAAAUAUGCUUGACAAGGUCAAUGAGAUGAUUAUUGGUGGUGGGAUGGCUUAUACCUUCCUCAAGGUACUCAACAACAUGGAGAUUGGUACUUCCCUGUUUGAUGAAGAGGGAGCCACGAUUGUCAAAGAUAUCAUGGCCAAAGCCAAUAAAAAUGGAGUUAACAUUACCUUUCCUGUUGACUUCGUCAUUGCUGACAAGCUUGAGGAGAAUGCUAAGGUUGGCCAAGCCACUGUUGCAUCAGGCAUACCUGCUGGCUGGAUGGCUUUGGACUGUGGUCCUGAGACCAACAAAAAGUAUGCUCAAGUUGUAGCCAAAGCCAAUCUAAUAGUGUGGAAUGGACCGGUCGGGGUAUUUGAAUUGGAAGCCUUUGCUAAGGGAACCAAAGCCCUUAUGGAUGAAAUUGUGAAAGCCACUUCUAGGGGCUGUAUCACCAUUAUAGGAGGUGGAGACACUGCUACUUGCUGUGCCAAGUGGAAUACUGAAGAUAAAGUGAGCCACCUGAGCACUGGAGGAGGUGCCAGUCUAGAGCUUCUGGAAGGUAAAGUCCUUCCUGGAGUGGAUGCCCUCAGCAACCUGUAG